GUCCAGUCAGAGGCCUCGAUGUGUGCUGCUACUGAAGUGACCAUCACCCUGUGUGCUCCUUUUGUCUUUUCUUUACUUCACCCGCUCUAAUGGGCUCCAUGAAGAAAGGGGAAGAUUCUGAAGAGGUGGAGAUCGAUUUGGGGGACUCCAGUGACCCUGAAGAAUUUGAAACUGAGGAGGAACCGCACAUGCUGUGGAAAGCCCAGGCUUCUGUGGAAGAAGAGGAAAACAUUCACACGUCCACACUGGUGGAAAUCAGUGAUACCAAACCUCUGAUUACUGCCAGAGACCCCCGAGGUAUAAACGACUGCCUCAAGGUGACGUUUGAGGAUGUGAUAGCUGAGCCGGUGUCAGUCCGCAGUGGAGACAGAGUGUGGAUCUGGAGCCAUGCCUUGUUCGAGGUGUGCAAGGUCUGGAUUUACAGGAUAGUUUCAGUCCUUUUGGCCAUUCCCAUGUCAGUUCUGUCUGGACUGCUGUUCGCCAUCCUCAACUGCUUCCACGUUUGGCUGGUCAGUCCUUGUAUCCAGUGUGUCUUCAUCGGUACUCGCUGGCUGCAGAGCGUCUGGAGCAUCGUGCUGGGCGUCUUCAUGACUCCUCUCCUCCUGAGUGCAGGGAAAUGUUACAGAGGCUUCAGCGUGCAUGUGGCCAAAGAAUGACAUGUUGACUCAGGAGAAGCACGUCUAAAGUGCAUUUCUUCAUGACGUGGACACAAACGCAGUUCUGCUCAUGUGGACUGAGCAAAGCAAGGAUUUGAUUUUUGAUUACUCAUAGAAUCUGGGGUUACAAUACGUAACCAACAUUUUAUUUCCCUGCCAGGCUUUUACUUUAUAGUAAAUACUUAUGUGAAAAAUGUUUUAUUUAAUAUUUAUUUGAAGUUGGUAUGGUUGCGGAACAUAUAAGUUGUUAGUGUCUUACCUGCAGCAGAUAACAAUUAUAGGGCUCUUGGUUUAUUUAGGAUAUCAGACUGAGGUGUCAAGAUAAAAAAUUUCCACACAGGCA